GUCGAAAGACUAUAAAUUAACUUUCAGAUUUAUGAUGUUAGCAGCAGAGAGUUACGACGGCAAAGAUGAGAGAUUGGAAGAGUUCUUGACUGAGUUUAGAGAGGUCCAUGGAGCGCCAGAGUUUUUAAUAAGAGUUCCUGGCAGAGUCAAUCUAAUAGGUGAGCAUAUUGACUACUGUGGAUACGCUGUACACCCUAUGGCAAUUGAACAGGAUGUACUGGUUUGCUUGAAGAGAACCGAGAGUGGUCUAGAACUAUUCAACAAGAAUGAUUCUCUAUAUCCUAGCUUCAAGUUGGACAUUUUUGAGAAUCUUGAGAUAAGUACGGAUAAAAUCCAGUGGUGGUCUUAUUUUCUCUGUGGACUCAAGGGCGUUCUGGAGGAGAAAAAAAUAUCAAAGCCUGCUGGUUUAAAGGUUUAUAUAUCUGGGCGUAUACCGCCAUCAGCUGGUCUCUCUAGCUCCAGCGCGCUCGUGGUUAGCGCGGCUAUAACUGCGCUCAGUGGUAAUGGAAUAACAAUGAAUAAAACUGAGCUGGCUUCCCUCUGUGCACGGGCUGAGCGGUUUAUUGGAACCCAGGGCGGAGGAAUGGAUCAAGCUAUUGAAAUACUUGCAAAGGCCGGUCAAGCCAAGCUGAUUGAGUUCAACCCGUUACAGAGUUAUGAUGUACAGCUUCCUGUUGGAGCAGUUUUCGUAGUUGCUAACAGCUUACAGGAGAAGAAUAAAGCAGCUAGCAAUGAGUUCAACAGCCGAGUAGUUGAAUGUCGUCUUGCUGCUAAAAUUCUAGCUAAACGAUUGAUCCCGACAAAUGGAAAGUUUCGUGGAUUAAGAGAUGUUCAGACAGCUACCAAUCAAAGUCACGAACAGAUGCUGGAACACGUAGAAGCUAUUCUUGAUAAACAGGUGUUUACAAGAGCUGAUGUUUUGGAACAGCUUUCAAUCACAGAUCAGUUUCUCAGGGACGAGAUAUUAACCAACGAUACAGAGAACAUGGAAAAUUUUAAACUCAAGCAGAGAGCUAGACAUGUGUAUAGCGAGUCUGCUCGCGUCUACAAAUUUAGAGAUAUCUGUCACUCCGCAGGAGACGGAGCUUUGAGAAGUCUUGGUGAACUGAUGAACUUCAGCCAUUCUUCCUGCAGGGAUGAUUAUGAAUGUUCUGCCCCUAGUUUAGAUAAACUUGUUGAAGCUUCUCUAAGCCUAGGAGCUUAUGGUUCGAGACUAACUGGUGCAGGUUGGGGAGGAUGUACAGUUUCACUAGUCCCGAGUGAUUCUGUUUCUGACUUCAUGAGUGGACUGAAGACGACUUAUUACAAAGGACGAGAAGAUCUAGAAAAUGUCGUCUUCCAAACCAAACCUGGCGCUGGAGCCCAAUUAUGGAAACUAUAGGAGAUAAAGAAGAUAAAUAUCUGCUUGAAUAAAAAUGUCAAGAGUACAUUUGUUUGAAAAAUUGUUGUUAUUCAUAAGGCCUUAAAACUUGCAAUACUAAAUGUUUUAAAAAACUUUGCUAGACCAAAAGAAAAAAAGUUUUUGGAUACUACUGUAAACUAUACGUAUACAAGAUUAAAUGAUAAAAUUCCUGGAGGGGGGGGGGG